AAAGUUGAUUUUACGUUUCGUUUAUUUUUCGCCAUUCUUUAAGAGAAUUUAAUCAAAAGUUGUGCUGAGCUCGAGAGGGUUUCAAGUUCACCUGUGCUGGCUGCAUUUUAAAUAAACGAGGCUAACAAUCAAAAGGCGAACAAAAAUAAGUGGAAAAAGUCUUUGCCGGGGAUCACACAAGCCAAACAACAUGUCGCAGCAUUUCACAUCGAUAUUUGAGAACCUGCGCUUUGUGGCCAUCAAACGUACAACAAAUGCGCAGCAACAACAACAGCCGCAGCAGCAGCAGCAGCAACAAUCUCCGCUGCCCACGCCGAAAGCAACGCCCGCUGAGCCAAACAAAAUCAAAACCAAAGCAGCGGCAGCGCUAAACGGCAAUGGGCAGCUCUUGAGCACAAAUCUUGGAGGCGUCGCUGCCACUAGUCAUGAAGUGGACCACAGCAAAGGCGCGUCUGGCACGACCGCAGGCGCAAGUGUAGGCGCCGCCGGCGGCGGCACGCCAUUGAAGCACCACAAGCGCACCAGCAUCUCCACAUCAGCGUCGCCGCAGCCGGGGCGCGAAAGACGCGGCACGAACACCAGCAUCGUCGUGGAGCUGGAUGAUGGGGCUGGUGGCCAGAAUGCGGCGGGCGCGUCAGGCAGUGGCACGGCAUCCAGCAAAAGUUCACGCGAACUUUCGCCAACGCCCAAAAACGCCCAACAGCCGCGAAAGAUGUCACAGGAUUAUCGCUCGCGUGCCGGCAGUUUCAUGCACUUGGACGACGAAGGUCGCAGCCUGCUGAUGCGCAAGCCGAUGCGCCUGAAGAACAUCGAGGGCAGGCCGGAGGUGUACGAUACGUUGCAUAGCAAAGGACGCGAGGUAUUGUCCUGUACGCGGGCCACCUGUACGAGCAGCAUCAUGCACAUCGGCAACGCAGCGGUCGAAGCACGCAAAGCGGAUUUGGUGCUGGAGCACGCCAAGGAUUUUCUGGAUCAGUAUUUCACCUCGAUUAAACGCUCCUCGUCCGCUGCCCACGACACGCGCUGGAAACAGGUGCGACAGAGCAUUGAAACAACGGGACAUUAUCAACUAACCGAAACGGAGCUAAUUUAUGGCGCCAAAUUAGCUUGGCGCAAUUCUUCGCGCUGCAUCGGUCGCAUCCAGUGGUCAAAGCUGCAGGUCUUUGACUGUCGUUAUGUGACCACAACGAGCGGCAUGUUUGAGGCCAUUUGCAAUCACAUCAAAUACGCAACCAAUAAAGGAAAUCUUAGAUCUGCUAUUACAAUAUUUCCACAGCGCACCGAUGGUCGACAUGAUUAUCGCAUAUGGAACAAUCAGCUUAUAUCCUACGCUGGCUAUAAGCAGACAGAUGGCAAAAUCAUAGGUGAUCCCAUGAAUGUGGAAUUUACAGAGGUCUGCACUAAGCUGGGCUGGAAGGGCAAAGGCACCGAGUGGGACAUAUUGCCGCUGGUGGUGUCGGCCAAUGGUCACGAUCCGGACUACUUUGAUUACCCACUGGAGCUCAUACUAGAAGUGCCGCUGAGUCAUCCCAAAUUCGAGUGGUUUACUGAAUUGAGCUUACGCUGGUAUGCCCUGCCUGCUGUUUCUAGCAUGCUGUUCGAUGUGGGCGGCAUUCAGUUUACGGCAACCACAUUCAGCGGCUGGUACAUGUCCACAGAGAUUGGCUGCCGGAAUUUAUGCGACACAAAUCGUCGCAAUAUGUUGGAGACUGUGGCGCUGAAAAUGAACUUGGAUACGCGCACGCCGACCUCGCUGUGGAAGGACAAGGCCGUGGUGGAAAUGAAUAUUGCCGUGUUGCACUCCUAUCAGAGCCGGAAUGUGACCAUUGUGGAUCAUCACACAGCCAGCGAGAGUUUUAUGAAGCAUUUUGAGAACGAAUCCAAGCUGCGCAACGGCUGCCCAGCGGAUUGGAUAUGGAUUGUGCCGCCGCUAUCUGGGUCCAUAACGCCUGUGUUUCAUCAGGAGAUGGCGCUGUACUAUUUGAAGCCCUCGUUUGAAUAUCAGGAUCCUGCCUGGCGCACACAUAUCUGGAAAAAGGGACGCGGCGAGAGCAAAGGCAAAAAGCCAAGACGUAAAUUCAAUUUUAAACAAAUCGCUCGUGCUGUGAAAUUUACAUCGAAAUUAUUUGGACGCGCUCUAUCGAAACGCAUCAAAGCAACAGUUUUAUAUGCCACUGAAACGGGCAAGUCGGAGCAGUAUGCCAAGCAAUUGUGCGAGCUACUGGGACAUGCCUUCAAUGCGCAGAUAUAUUGCAUGUCCGACUACGAUAUAUCCUCCAUCGAGCACGAGGCGUUGCUAAUUGUUGUUGCCUCCACCUUUGGCAAUGGAGAUCCGCCGGAAAAUGGCGAGCUCUUCUCGCAGGAGUUGUACGCCAUGCGCAUACAGGAGUCGGGCGAACACGGCCUAAACGAUUCCAGCAUGGGUGUCAGCUCAUCCAAGUCCUUCAUGAAGGCCAACUCACGGCAGGACUUUAUGAAAUUGCCGCUGCAACAAGUCAAGAAGAUCGACCGCUGGGACUCCCUGCGCGGCUCCACCUCGGACACCUUUACGGACGAGACCUUUGGUCCGCUCUCCAAUGUACGCUUCGCCGUCUUUGCGCUCGGCUCCUCGGCCUAUCCGAACUUCUGCGCCUUCGGCCAGUACGUGGACAACAUUCUGGGCGAGUUGGGCGGCGAGCGCUUGCUGAAGAUUGCCUACGGCGACGAGAUGUGCGGCCAGGAGCAGUCCUUCCGCAAGUGGGCGCCGGAGGUGUUCAAGCUAGCCUGUGAGACCUUUUGCUUGGAUCCCGAUCAAAGUCUGUCGGAUGCAUCGCUGGCGCUACAAAACGAGUCGCUAACCGUGAACAACGUGCGCCUGGUGCCAUCGGUCAGCAAAGUCUCGCUGGACACGGCGCUGUCCAAGUAUCACAACAAGAAGGUGCAUUGCUGCAAGAUUAAGGAGCAGCCACACAAUCUGACCAAGCUGAGCGAGGGUGCCAAGACUACGAUGCUCUUGGAGAUUUGUGCGCCUGGCCUGGAGUAUGAGCCGGGCGAUCAUGUGGGUAUCUUUCCGGCGAAUCGCACACAGCUGGUGGACGGGCUGCUGGAGCGCCUGGUGGGUGUGGAGAAUCCGAAUGAGGUGCUGCAGCUGCAGCUACUCAAGGAGAAGCAGACCUCGAACGGCAUCUUCAAGUGCUGGGAGCAACAUGACAAAAUACCCGCGGAUACGCUGCGCAAUCUGCUGGCUCGCUUCUUCGAUCUGACAACUCCGCCGUCGAGGCAGCUGCUCACACUGCUCUCCGGCUUCUGCGAUGACAAUGCAGACACGGAGCGGCUGCAGCUGUUGGUUACCGAUUCCUCGGCGUAUGAGGACUGGCGUCAUUGGCGCCUGCCGCAUCUGUUGGAUGUGCUGGAGGAGUUUCCCUCGUGUCGACCGCCGGCCUCCCUGGUGUUGGCUCAUCUGACUCCUCUGCAGCCACGUUUCUACUCGAUCUCAUCAUCGCCGCGUCGCGUCAGCGAUGAGAUCCAUCUGACCGUGGCCAUUGUCAAAUACCGCUGCGAGGACGGCCACGGCGACGAGCGCUUCGGCGUCUGCUCCAACUACUUGGCCGGAUUGAAAGCCAACGACGAGCUGUUCAUGUUUGUGCGCAGCGCGCUGGGCUUCCAUUUGCCAGCGGAUCGCAGUCGCCCAGUGGUGCUGAUUGGACCUGGAACUGGCAUUGCGCCCUUCCGCUCCUUUUGGCAGGAGUUCCAGGUGCUGCGCGAGGUAGACACCACAGCGUCGUUACCAAAGCUCUGGCUCUUCUUUGGUUGUCGUAAUCGCGAUGUGGAUCUCUAUGCCGAGGAGAAAGCUCAACUGCUGCAAGACCAAAUCAUGGAUCGUGUUUUCCUGGCACUAUCCAGGGAACCAGAUAUACCCAAGACAUAUGUACAGGAUCUGAUUGAACAGGAAUUUGAUUCGUUGUACAAGUUGAUUGUGCUGGAGCGGGGACAUGUGUACGUUUGCGGCGAUGUCACAAUGGCCGAGCAUGUUUAUCAGACCAUCAGAAAAUGCAUUGCCGGUAAGGAGCAAAAGACCGAGGCAGAAGUUGAGACAUUUUUGCUCACAUUGCGCGACGAGAAUCGCUACCACGAGGAUAUCUUUGGUAUUACGCUGCGCACCGCCGAGAUACACACAAAGUCACGUGCGACCGCAAGGAUUCGCAUGGCAUCGCAGCCAUAGUAAGGAUAACUGUCGUUGCAGCUCAACCUUACGGCGGCAAGGAAUUCGUUGCACUUUGACACUUGCCCGAACCCACAGUCUUAAAGCUUACGAUUCAACAGUCCAAAGUGAUCAAAAUAUUUAUGAUUAUUCCAAAAAUUAAUGAAUGCAAAGCACAAUUAUUUAAAUAUGAAUACAAAAUGUAGUUUUGUCUCUGUUGCGCAUCCAAUGAAGCUUGUUUUCUUU